AUGGUGAGGUGUUGUGUAAUAAAUUGUCUUUCUCAUAAUGAAAAAAAUAAAAAAAUUUCAUUAUUUACUUUACCGAAAAAUCCAAAUAUUCGCAAAGAAUGGAUCAACGUUCUAUCUGAAGUUAAUGGUAAAGAUAUAUUAUCAACAUCGCGAGUGUGCGAGUUACAUUUCAAUCCAUGGGAUAUAUCUCGGACAUAUUCGUGUUGGAGCAGUACCAGUUCUAAAACCACUCUAGAGUCAACUGAAACAGCAGAAACCAAGGAAGUAUAA